GGUAGCGCCACCAUAGUCGGAGCUCGCAAUCCCCUGUGGCUUCGCGUCCGGAUCUCGAUGACAAGGCUGACGGUGACUGUGAUGACGAUGAUGAUGAUGACGAUGAUGGUCAUCCCUAUACGGGUGCUAGCGGUGGUCGGAGCAGAUGGGAGCUUGACAACGGAGAGAGGGAGGGAGUCCGAUCACCGCGUGGUUCUUAUCGCUACUAACCCCGCAUACAGUUCAUCUGGUACCGUUAACUGUUUCAUAUGGGUCGGGGAUGUCGUAUUUACCUCCGAGAGGGGGGUGUUCUUCUACGUGCACCACGAUAGCUGCUGGGGUACCACCUCAAGAGCGUAUGUCAGAGGAGGUCGGUCUCUGCGCAAGGGCGAUUUACGCGGCAUUGCCCUCUCUGGGGUCGCGCAAGCCAACUCCUCCGUGGUGACUCUACAGUGGUCUUUCGCAAGUCUGAACGGCACUGCGGCUAGUGCUGCCGCCAGCCAGGGGAAGGGAUUAUAUGCUCACUUCUGGGGUUUCGAUCUGUCGCGGAGCGAGGGGCAUCUGGUGGCGCCCGUCGAUUGGGGUCUGGGGUUCGUGAACACGGUGGAUGGUUUCAGAACCACUUUUCCGAUCGCCGACUUUGGAUGCUGCUUCGGUGCAUUCAAUCCUAAUCGCACGAUUCUGUACGUGGGAAAUCGUGGCUGCCUUGAGUACUCCGUCAUGGAUGGCGAGUCGCCGGAAAGCUUUUUCGACAAUUUCAGGGCACUAGCAUGCCCUACUGACACCAAUGCUUCAUCUCUGUCCUUCGGUCAUCGGAGCUUUCUCCAAGAUGGGAGCUACCUAUACGCUAGUGACGACGCUAACGCAAAAAUUUUAGGUUUUAACCUCGUUAGUGGAAGCAUUGACCGCGUAACUGGGACCGCUAUAGGGGACUUAAUUAAUCAUAAGAAUAACGGACUGAGAGCUAUACCGAGCGACCACCUUGCUAUAUAUAACUUGAGGGAGCUCGUGGUGACCCAAGAUGGGUGCAAUCUGUUCUUCGUCGGAGAUGGGGGGACGGAGAUCAUGCGGGUGGGUUUCACCAAACCGAGAGGAGAGGUGACUUCGGUGGAGAGAGUGGCAAGCUGCAUCGUUCCGGGAGGAUGCGUCAUCGGGACGCUUGCUUUGGACAACGAUGACAGUCAUUUGUACGUGUCUAUCCAGACGGGGGAGCUGUUCGAAUUGCAAAUCAACAAGUCAGGACUGCACCGAUGCAUCGAUGCGCUCUCAGCACCCGAAGCCUCUCCAUCGCCAUCCUCGUCAGAACGAUCAACGGGAGUCACUCCAUCGCCAUCAUCAUCAGAACCGUCGACAGAAUCUUCACCAUCGCCAUCUUCGCCAGAACCAUUAACUGAUGGAUCUCAGGAGACACAUCCAUCUCCAGCAAUGGGUUCGUCGUCUUCACCGCUACACAAUGGCAGUAAUACACGUGUCGGUCCUAGGUCGUCUGACGCGCUGUCGACGUCUGCACCGCCUGCGAAUGUCCAAAUGCCACCGAGGAGAGGUGUUAGCGUCAGCGUGGUGGCUGGCGUGGUCGUGGCAAUUUGUCUGAUCUCCUUGACUCUGGGUGGCGCUGCGGUCCUCCUCUAUUCUCGUACCAGAAAAUCGGCGGCGGCGGCAUCUGGGGAUACGAGUGCCCGCGCUUUUGCUCUCGAGAGACCGGUAGCAAAGUCUUCAGCUCUUGAGCUCCCGGCAGCACAGUCUUCUGCUCUCGAACGCCGGAUAUAAGUCUCCAGCUCUGUUCGUUUUCCUUAUUUUUUGAAGUAUUUAUUUUUGGGUGCAAUCUCCGAGGUUUUUUUUUUUUUUUUUUUUUUCACGACAAUUGCACAUUCAUUACUCGUUAAUCUCCGAGUUCGAGCAGCAGCCUGAGGCCACUCCACUCCAUGGUCGGUUACCCACCAGCCGGAGUUCAUUGUCUGCUUCCUUGUUUUUCUGCGGAGGCUUCUUCGUAUAUUGCGGGGAGCGACAGCUGUAGCUCGCUCUUUACCCGCGUUUGUUACUUAACUCUUUCUUAUAAUAAGAUUAUAAUCUGUUUAUUAAAAUCUUUCCCGAAGUUUCCCGGCUUCGCUUCUUCAGAGUUCUUCUACUUUUCAGUCUGUCGAGGAGGCUGAGGGUUGAAAUGGCAUUCGGGAAGUCUCGCACGAAGAAGCUUGUGGGAGGGCAUUCCCCUAACGGGUGGGUGUAGUCGCGAUGGACGCAGUGACUCAUUAUGUUUUUGCGUUGUUUUUUUUUUUGUUUUUUUUUUUUAAAUAAAAUAAAAUUUGGACC